AUGUCGACGCGAGACGAAAACGGCGACAAAAUAAAGAAAGAGCAGGAAAAGGAGGAGGAGAAGCAGCUCUGCCGGAAGAAAAAGAAGGAGAAACACGAGCGGGCGCACACGCCGGAAGUGGAGCGCAGAGAAAAAAAAAGCGACUCCGUCUUACUGCGCGGGAUCUUCAAAGUGGGCAAGAAGAGCCACGACGUCCUUCUGACCGGCACGCGACUCACCUGGACCCCCAUCCUACCCGAGAGCCCCGCAGGCAAAGCACGGCCGCUGCCGCCGCCCGGCGUGCUGAUGCUACGCGACGUCUUGGCGGCAAAGGUGAAGCGACGGCGGGCGGCGGGCCAGAGCUCCGGCGGCCCCGUGCUGGGCUUGGCUUUGUUCUACUGCGUGCGAAAGGGCCGCAGACUGGAGGAGGACACGCUGCACCUUCACAACGCGUCUUCGGAGCACACGCACGCCUGGUACAACACCCUGAAAGAGCUCCUUGCAGGUUUUAGCGGUCGACCCCGGCGCGUGAAGGUGUUCAUCAACCCCAGCAGUCACAGGAAGGAAGCGGUUCACAUCUACAGAGAGCACGUGGCGCCCCUCUUCAAGAUGGCCGACGUCUGCACCGACAUCACCGUGACGGAGAGGAAGGGGCACGCCCUGUCGGUGAUGACGGAGCUCAAGACGGAGGACUUUGACGGAGUGGUGUGCGUAGGCGGCGACGGUUCUGUGGCCGAACUUUGCCACGCCGUGGUUCUGCGAGCCCAACUGGAUGCCGGCUCUCCCGCCGUCCCCGUCAGAGCGCCUCUUCCUCUAGGGAUCAUCCCGGCAGGUUCCACGGAUGCGGUUUCGUGUUCCGUCCACGGAGUCAGAGAUCCGGUCACCGCCGCCAUGCACGUUGUCCUCGGUCACGUCCAGCGCGUGGAUAUGUGCAGCUUCCGGCGCGCGGAUCAGCCGCCGCGCUUCGGCUUCUCCGCCAUGUGGGGCUUCGGGGCGCGCGUCUUGGCUCGGGCCGAGAAGAAGCGUUGGAUGCCGUCGGCGCGGCGACGCGACUACGCCCUACUCAAGACGCUUGCCGGCUUGAGACCCCAAGACUGUCAGCUGUCCUUUGUCACCGACCGCGCCGACGACACCGCGGAGCGGGUCGAGGAACAAGAUGGCGACUCGGAGUCGUGGAGCACCGAUCGGGGCCCGUACCUGAGCGUCAGCAUCAUGGCCAUCCCCUGUCUUAGUCCUCACGCCCCCCGAGGACUGGCGCCGAACACCCGACUGGCCAACGGGAGCGCGGCAUUGAUCGCCGUGCGGGACACGUCCAGGUCGGAGUUUGUCAAACACCUGAAGAGGUUGAGCGCCCCCGCCGGCCAGUUGGACUUCUGCUUCGUGGAGGCGCACAAGGUGACGGCAGUGAGGCUCCGGCCCCGCGGUCCGACGGGCCGCUCGGAGGACGAGAGCGAGGACGACUCCAAGGCCGCGCCCGUCAUCCAUUCGUCGGCCGGCUUCCCUUGGAACGUCGACGGCGAGCUGCUGGAGAUCCCCGACGAAGUCCUCGUCAGGGUUCACCCGCAACUCAUCGGCUUGUACGGCGAGGACGUGGACGAGGCCGAGUCCGGCGCGUCCUGCGGCUGCCUGUGA